UAUAUUCACAAUUUGUAGGUAGUACAAGAACUGAAAAAUAAUUUUUGGUUGCCAGUAUACCUGUAGUCGUUGCACUGAUCAGUCGAUAGUUUUGUGAUAAAUUAUUUCUCAAGUGAAUUAAAUUAUUAACCAUGGGACGUGAUUCUAGAAAGGUUUCAAGAGAACUUCGGAGUUCUGAAAAAAUUAAUAAGUCGCGUUCAGUCAAAAGAAAGAAUGUUUUUAAUCCGAAAACAGCCGAACGUGAUGAAAGUAUUCAGAGUACAUCUUCUAAAAAAUUAAAACAAAACACUGAAGAUGAUGUACCUGAAGACAGCAGUACUGAAUUUCGAAUAAUAAAUUUUAUUCAGGUAUUCACUGCAAUUUCUGCUCUUAUAAAAUGUAAAAAAUGUGAUGGAAAUGUAGUGUUUCAAACAGCAAGUACACGUGGGCUGGGAUUCAAAAUUGUAGUUGCAUGUAAUAACUGUGGAAAUGAAUAUAUUCCUUCCUGUUCUUUCGUUGGGCAUUCUUAUGAAAUAAACAGACGUUUCAUUUUUGUAAUGAGAAUACUAGGAAUAGGAUACGAAGGAUUGUGCAAGUUUUGCGGCCUGAUGGACAUGCCGUCUUUUUUAGAUAAAUCUACGCAUACAAUUUUACUGAAACAGAUUUUGAAUUGUAGUAAAGCCGUCGCAGAAACCUUCAUGACGAAAGCUGUGAAUGAAGAAAAGCAAGCAAUGCCAACAACUGAAAAUGAAGAUAUAAAUCAUCUAACUGUAUCGGGAGAUGGAACCUGGCAAAAACGGGGAUAUACAUCGUCAUUUGGAGUUUCUUCUAUAAUUGGCUAUUUUACUGGAAAGAUUCUUGACAUAAACAUUAAAAGUGCAUAUUGUAAGCUAUGUGAGUAUUGGAAAAAAAAAACAAAUACUGUUGAGUUCGAGGAAUGGUAUCAAUCGCAUGAAGAUGUGUGUUCUGCUAAUCAUCAAGGGUCUUCUGGGAAAAUGGAGGUGGAUGCGAUGGUCGAAAUGUUUUCGUAUUCUGAAACUAAAUAUGGAGUUAAGUAUGCCAACUAUAUUGGUGAUGGUGACUCCAAGACCUAUUCAGGAAUUAUAAAAUCAGAUCCUUACGAAAAUACAACUGUAAAUAAAAAGGAAUGUAUAGGGCAUGUCCAAAAGCGGAUGGGGAGUCGAUUACGUACGCUGAAGAGUAAACAAAAAGGUCUUGGUGGUCGAGGUAAGCUCACAGGAAAAUUAAUAGACAAACUAACUGUGUACUAUGGUUUAGCAAUACGCCGGCAUUGUGAUUCUAUUGAAAAUAUGAAAUCUGCUAUAAUGGCAACCUUUUAUCACUACGGCUCGAGUGAUGAAAAACCGAAUCAUGAUAUGUGUCCAAAAGGCGAAGAAUCUUGGUGCUCUUACCAGCGCGCUGAAGCAAGAGGAGAGCUUGAUACCUUUUCUCACGAUUAUUCUCCUUUACCUUCUGAUGUUUUAAAAGCUAUCAAGCCUAUAUACGAAGAUCUUAGUAAUGAAAAUUUACUUUCAAGAUGUGUAGGUGGAUUCAAUCAGAAUAAUAAUGAAAGCUUUAACCAACUAGUAUGGAAAAUAUGCCCAAAAACGGUAAAUACUAGUUUUACCAUCGUACAAAUAGCUGCAUACGUUGCUAUGUGUAUAUUUAAUGAGGGUAUAAAUUCAUUAUUAGUCUUGAUGAAUACACUAGGACUUAAUUGUGGGCCUAAUUCUCAUCGGUAUGCAGAAAGAAUGGAUGCUGCACGUAUCAAAGUAGCAGAUAAGCGCGCUAAUGAUAACACCCGAGAAGGUCGAUUGCAACGUAGGCACCAGCAAAUCGAUAUUUUGGAAGCUGCUAUGUCGGCUGAAGAGCUAUUAUAUGGUCCAGGAAUAGAUGACUCAGUAUGAAUCUCCAAGGACUUAUGAUGAUCACCGCAAAGGACUUCGGGAGGAACGGGCUCUACAAAAACAGCGAUAACUUUUUGAAUUAUUAAUUUUUUUUUUUGAAAUUUUCGUGAAGUCAAAUCGAAACGUGUUCUAAUAAAGCUAUGUUUUUAUUUUUGUCAAAUAAAGUAAUUAACUACAAAAAAAAAAUUAUUGAAAAUCAUCAUUUUUUCAUACCCCUGAG